UUACUCCUUCCCGGGGUCGUCCGCGUCACCAAUACAACACCGCUAGAAUCUGGUCAUCAUGACAAUAGAAUCGGUGGCAGAAGCAUAUAACGGGAAAUCCGUUUUCCUCACUGGCGCUACUGGUUUUGUUGGAAAGGUUAUGUUGGAAAAGCUAUUGUAUAGUUGCCCAGGACUAGAAACGGUCUAUAUUUUGAUCCGAGAAAAGCAGGAUCAAAAUGCAAAUCAAAGAUUAAAGAAAGUUUUCAGCGAGCAGCUAUUUUCAAGAUUAAGAGAGCACAACCCCAGUGCGCUUGAUAAAAUAGUGCCAAUCGUUGGGGACAUAUCGGAACCAAACCUGGGACUUAAGCCUAGUGAUGAACAGCUCCUUAUAGACAAGGUCUCGAUUGUCUUUCACGUGGCAGCAACGAUAAAGUUCAAUGAACCGCUGGAAACAGUCAUGAACGUGAACGUUGCCGGCACUGCUCGAGUCCUCAGCUUGAGUCGGCGACUCAGAAAUCCUCAGGCUUUCGUAUACAUGUCAACAGCGUACAGUUAUACUGACAAAUAUAUCGUUAACGAAAUAAUUUAUCCAGCGCCUGCAUCUUUGAAAGAAGUGAAGAAAUUGAUUGAAAUCGGAAUUAACGACGACCAAAUCAAAGAACUGUUAAAAGGAAGGCCAAACACAUACACAUUUACUAAAGCAUUAGCUGAAAAUUUGGUCGCCGAUAACCACGGUGAUAUACCAGCCGUGAUCGUCAGACCAGCCAUUGUAUCACCAAGUGAGUCGGAACCUCUCGUGGGAUGGGUGGACAACUGGUUUGGUGGUACCGCACUGAUGACGUCGAUAGCCAAGGGCCUGAUCAGAGUGAUUCUGGGCCAGCCCCACUACAACAUAGACUUUAUACCGGUGGACUACGUCUCGAAUUUGACCAUUGUUUCUGCAGCUAAGUGCAGAAGUUCUGAUGAAGUCCAAGUGUACAACUGCUGUACGAGCGGUGAGAAUCCUCUCACACUGGGAAAGCUCACACAUCUCGUAUUAAAUUAUACUCGUCUUAAUAAAUUCAACGAUUUACCGAUGCCAACUUUGAUGUUUACCAAGUACAGGUGGCUGCUCAUUCUGAUAACUCUGCUUCUACAAACUAUACCCGCGUACAUCUGCGAUGUUAUAUACAUGUUGAUGGGAAAGAACAGCAGGUUUGUGAAGAUGCUAUCAAAGGCAGUGUUCGUUCGCGAUACGCUCGAAUACUUCACAUCCCGGACAUGGGAUAUCCGUGCACCAAAAGCGAGGGAACUAUACGCCUCGCUCUCUGCUGCGGACAAGGAACAGUUCGCCUUCGACCCUUGCAGCAUCGACUGGGACCUCUACAUACCUAAAUACUGCUCAGGGAUCAAGAACUUCCUAUUGAAGUCUUAAAUCAGUGAAGUGCUAAGACCGGUUACCUAUUCGUAACUUGUAGGAAAAAAUAUACCGUGCGCCUUUU